UGUAGAUCCCCUUUUUUAUUUCCUCCAUGAUGAAGCUGUCCUAGGGGUGAGAAUCUCAGUCCUUGACAGCAGUUUUAUAUUUCCUGGGUUCAGUUUUAGUUUCCAUCUCCUACCAUGACAUCAGCUCUUCAUUGGAAUUUCCAUUUCUGUUCUGUUUUUUUUCUUUCUGGGUUCUUCCAGACGCCCCUAUAAAAAGAAGCUCCAAAGAGACAGAAGCACAAACCUCCAGUGUCUCUCAGCCUGUGCUCUGAUCCUCCAGCUCCUCUCUCCUCUCAAAAUCAUGAAGAUCUCUGUGGCUGCCCUCUCCAUCCUCAUGGUCAUGGCCUUCAGUUCUCUGGCAUCCUCUGCACCAAUGGGCUCUGACCCUCCCACCUCCUGCUGCUUCUCCUAUGUCAGUCAACAGAUCCAGAGAAAAUUUGUGACAGACUAUUAUCAGACGAGCAGCCUGUGUUCCCAGCCAGCUGUGGUGUUCCUGACCAAAAGAGGUCGGCAGGUGUGUGCCAAUCCCACCGAUGCCUGGGUGCAGAGCUAUGUUGAAGACCUGGAGCUGAGUUGAGGGACUCAGUGACAUCUCAGUAGAAAAAUGAAUCUUAACAAGAAAUGGACCAAACUGAGGAAUCCCAUCAGCAGAUGCAUCAUCCUCAAAGUGCAAUUUUCCUGACAUGCUCUCCUCCAUUAUAAUUUAUUCUUCUCUGUGAGACUUAAUUUAUGUAAAUUAUUUGGUGACACCUGUGGUUAUUUAUUAGUAUUAUUGUUCCACUUCUGGAAUAUACCUGUCUCCCAUGGGGACCUCUCUUGGCAGCUUAGCUUCUGUCACUUAGAAUCCUGAGGUCACUUACUUGAUUCCAUGAACAUUUGUUGAGCAAAUAUUUCAGAAUAAAAUUUUCUAAAGCUUUA